AUGAUUGAAGGAACGCCAGGCAAGCCUUACGGACAUUUACCGUCUCAUUUCAAUCUUGUUGAAGCAAACAUGAGAUUAAGACGACAGCAGGGACAGGACUUACUUGAUAAAGAUGAAUACGUUAUAAGUACAUCAACAUUUCCCAGAAACGGUUGUCCCAAAUUUACUUUUCCUACUUAUGCACCGAAACCAGGUGUAUCAGCAUCAUCUUCUUUAUUUUUUCCUGAUGAAGCUAUAUAUCCUGAUCAUCCAAGAUUUAGGACAUUGACAAGAAAUAUUCGAGAACGACGCAAAGCAAAAGUGGUCAUUAAUGUACCGAUCUUUGUCGACAAAAAUACGCCGCGACCGUUUAGAGAAGAUUUAUCUGUUUAUGGCGAUGAUAAUGGGACAAGUGAAGCUGCUUCAGUGGAGGAUUGUAUUUAUUUGGAUGCCAUGGGGUUAGGAAUGGGCUGUAGUUGCCUUCAGGUGACAUUUCAAGCUCAAUCCAUUGACGAGGCUCGGUUUCUGUAUGAUCAAUUAACGCCGUUAACACCCAUUAUGCUUGCUAUUAGUGCUGCAUGUCCAGUAUGGCGUGGCUAUCUUGCUGAUGUUGAUUGCCGAUGGAAUAUUUUAUGUGCAGCGACAGAUGAUCGAACAGCAGAAGAAAGAGGCUUUGAGCCAUUAAAAAAUGAUCGUUUUUUAAUUCCAAAAUCGCGUUAUUCACCGAUUGAUUGCUAUAUAUCUCCAGAAAGUGCAAAAUUCAACGAUAUCGAUGUUGUACAAGAUAUGGAUGUAUUUCAAGAACUCACAUCAAAUGGUAUUGAUCAUUUAUUAGCUCAACACAUUGCUCAUCUGUUCAUUCGUGAUACACUUGUACUUUUUGAAGAGAAACUUGACUUAGAUGAUGAAAAAGAUACAGAACAUUUCGAAAAUAUUAAUUCAACAAAUUGGCAAUCGAUGAGGUUUAAACCCCCUCCAUUAAACAGUAAUAUUGGAUGGCGUGUUGAAUUUCGUCCAACUGAAUUACAAAUGACAGAUUUUGAAAAUGCAGCAUUAGUUACAUUUGUUGUUUUAUUAACGAGAGCAAUAAUGACGUAUAAUUUGAAUUUAUUAAUACCAAUUUCAAAUGUGGAUAAAAAUAUGCAAUUUGCUCAACAACGGGAUGCUAUCAGACAUCAAAAAUUUCAUUUUAGAAAGUCAUUAUCCACAGGACAAACGCCUGAAACACCGUCUAUGGCGUUCGUUAAAAAACCAUUAUUUGAUAACACCGAAGGCGAGUCAGAAGACCGCUUGAUGACAGUGAACGAAAUAAUCAACGGAUCAGAUCAAUUCGUCGGCCUUUUAAACAUAGUUCAAGAUUAUCUUAAUAAUAUAGAAAUUGAUGCUGAUACACGAUGUACAGUUAAUCAGUAUUUGAAUUUAAUAAGCAAACGAGCUGCUGGUACGUUGCUGACAAAUGCUGCAUGGAUGCGUCAAUUCGUUGAAAAUCAUCCAAAAUACAAACAUAAUUCAGUCGUCACGGAUGAAAUUACAUAUGAUUUGCUAUGGAAAAUGCAUAAGAUUAGUGCUGGCGAAGAAGACUGUCAAUUGGUGUUACCGAGAAUGGCAUCUAAAACAAGUCUGGAUAUACCGCGUGCUGUUGAACGUGCCGAUAAUGAAUUAGAGACAAAACGUUCAUUGUUAAUAAGUUCAACCCACAGUAAUAAUAAUAAUACUAAUGAAACAUCAGGAGAGUCUUAA